AUGAUUGUUCAGAUUUAUGUAAAUGAUAUUAUCUUUGGUGGUUCCUCUCAUGCUUUCAUUGCCAAGUUUGUAGAUGACAUGAGCAGGGAGUUCGAGAUGUUGAUGAUGGGUGAAUUGACCUUCUUCCUCGGACUACAGAUCAAGCAAAGCAAGGAAGGAACCUUCGUGCACCAAGGGAAGUACACGAAGGAUGUGGUGAGAAAGUUUGACAUGGCUGAUGCUAAGCCACUGUCCACACCCAUGGGAAUGACGACGGCACUAGAUGCGGAUGAAGAUGGCGAUCCGGUGGACCAGAAGGAGUACCGGAGCAUGAUCGGCUUCCUCCUCUACUUGACAGCGACGAGGCCGGACAUACAUUUCGCAGUGUGUCUGUGCGCCCGUUUUCAAGCUUCACCAAGGACAUCUCACCAUCAGGCAGUGAAGAGAAUCAUGAGGUGUAGGAUGCGGUGUGACGGCCGACAGCGUGCGGUGAAGGUCAAGCGAAAGGUUCAUGCUGAUGGACCAAGGGCUUUGAAGGAUGAACGUGAGUAG